GCAAUUCCGCGGAUCGCAUCAAGAGAUCCCAAUCUGCACUCUCUCCUUCCUUCUUGCGUCGGACGUACACCAGGCAAGUUAUUCCUGUCGAUAAGUCGUCAUCGUCUCUUCAUUGGACGACAGUUACCCCCGAAAACUGCCGUGGAAGAGUUUUGGGGUUUACACCUGGAAGCGACGAAUGCGCCUGACCUUCAUCGCCCCUCCGGACCCCAUGCCUCUCUGCAACAAUUCCGAGUUUCCCUGAACCCUUCUCACCCUUGCUCGAAAGCGCAUACCAGCCCGUGCCAUGGAAAAAUUUCUUCGCUCCUGGCGACAAGAUGCGUUGAACCGCGGACAGCAUGAUGCGGCAGUCUAUAUCGGUGAUAAAGUGCUCGCGUUAACAAACAGCGAUUCUGAUGCCUUUUGGCUGGCACAGGUGCAUUUCUCGAAUAAUAACUUCGCUCGAGCCUUGGCUCUUCUCUCACGGAAGGAUUUAAUCUCCAGAAGUACCGCCUGUCGCUACUUGGCCGCGCAUUGCUAUAUAAAGCAAAACCAGUUUGAACAGGCUCUGUCGAUACUCGGUGACCAUAACCCGACUCAUUUGAUCCGCAGUAGCAACAACAGUAGUAGCCGCCGCAAGCUGCAGCACCUCAACAGCCAAAGCCAUGUCACAUUACGCAACGGAAAGACCACAGCUUCGCGGGUCGAUCGCGGCGAAGAGCGGGAACGGGAGGACGCAAACAAUAUUAGGUUUGAGGCCGCAAUGUGCUAUCUAAGAGGGCUUUGCUUUGCCAAACAGAACGCCUUCGACCGUGCCCGAGAUUGUUACAAGGAUGCUGUGCGGAUCGAUGUCCAGUGCUUUGAGGCUUUUGACCAAUUGAUGAAGAACUCACUCAUGUCACCUGCAGAGGAGCUCGAAUUUCUUGAAUCCCUUGACUUCGAUUCUAUCUCAAGUCCGGAUCCGGCCGUGUCUCAAGAAGCCGCUCAUUUUACAAAAAUGCUCUAUACAACCCGACUAUCCAAAUACUCAUCGCCUGCAAUUCUUUCAGACGCAACUGAAACUCUGUCGACACAUUACAACCUCUCAAAAAAUCCUGAUAUACUACUUUCACGUGCAGAGGCUCUCUAUACCCAAUGUCGCUUUGCAGAGGCGUUGGAGCUGACCUCAUCUAUCCUGUCAACCUCUCAGUCGUCCACAGCGCUGUCCACGACGACUGCCCCUAUUCCAGCCCAGAACCACUUGGGGCAUGCACCUGCUGUGUAUCCUUUGCAUCUGGCAUGUUUAUAUGAAACUGGUGCCACCAAUGCGCUCUUCCUUCUAUCUCACACCUUGGCGGACCACGCUCCAGAAGAGUCUUAUACCUACUUAGCCAUCGGCGUCUACUAUCUAUCCGUUUCUAAAGUAGCUGAAGCACGGCGAUUCUUUUCGAAAGCAUCUUUGCUGGACCCUCAUUCCGCGCCAGCAUGGAUUGGAUUUGCUCACACCUUCGCCGCUGAAGGAGAGCACGACCAAGCCAUUGCGGCCUAUAGUACGGCUGCCCGGCUCUUCCAGGGGAGUCACUUACCCCAAUUAUUCCUUGGCAUGCAGCAUUUGGCCUUGAACAACAUGUCGUUGGCCCAUGAAUACCUGUCCGCGGCCUAUGCCAUGUCGACCGGCGCAACAUCCGGAUCCGUUCCCUCAAUCCCCCCCAAUCCAUCAACUGGAAUAUCUACACUGGGUGGUGAUCCGCUAGUCCUUAAUGAACUGGGAGUUGUCCUCUACCAUCAAAAUCACCUUGAACCUGCCAUAGAACUCUUCCGCCAAUCUCUCGCCUUAGCCACUUCCCUAAAUUGCGAGCCAGGAGCCUGGGUAGCCACACGAGCGAAUCUGGGUCAUGCACUGCGUCGUAUUGGUCGUUUUACCGAGUCGCUAAUCGAAUUUGAUGAAUGCCUUCGUGUUGGUGCUGGAGGUGCCAGCUUUGGGUAUAGCCCAUUCUUAGGAGGAAGCGGAGGCAAUGCUUCUGGUGCAGUAUCGUCAGGUGUAGGAGGAUAUGAGGACCGUGGUUUGAUUGGCUCCCUUCACACUGCUCGCGGCCUUGUUCUCCUGGAACUUGGCCGGACAAUGGAAGCUGUCACCGCUCUUCAUGAAGCCGUCCGGGUCCUGGGGGCUAGUGGUGGCGGCGAUGCUGCUGGUGGUGCUGGCGUUGCUGGAACGCUUCUCUCUCGAGCUCUGGAGAUAUGGGCGCUGGAGGGUACCAAGACCGAGUCAAUACUGUCGGAAGAGAUCAGCCGAGCAGGAACCGUGAGUCGAAGUUCAACACGGUCAUCACGUGAUAAAGGAAAAUCCAAACUUUCAAGGCGACGCGCCAUCACGGAGGAAUCUUAUUCCGAGGAGUGGACGGAUGAAGUUGCUCAGGUUGAUUCGCAUAAUGUUAGAGGUGGCUCUGAGACACUGGAGGAAAAGGUGGAGAUGGAAUUGGACGUUGAGGCAGAUGGACUUUUGCGCCAAGCGAUGAGCCGCGUCCGAGGCGGACGAAGCAGACGACAACCUAUCUUCAGCCCCGAGGUGGAAGCUAGCGAUUUACCGGGGCCUACUGGUGGCCGUCGCCGAGGGUCUAGGACGUUGAGAACCAAUGCUAGACAGUGAAUGUGUCGGAUUUUGGAUGCUGUAGCCAUUUCACGAUUAGAAGGCUGGAUUUGGAUGCAUUGCAGUUGGGCGUUUGGAUGAAUUAUACCCGGUUUGUUCAUUGAUCUUGAGAUCUAUGGGGAAGGGUUCCAUUACAUUCGUGGCGUAUAGGAUGGCUUUUUUUGGUUUCGUUUCUGUCAGUAGAAGAAGUUCGAU